CCCCUGGCCUCCUCUGACCCCCAGUCUCUGCAGGCGCUCUGCACCAAGGUCCCUGAGCUGGUCCGGACCAUCCUGGGAUGGACCAUGGAGUACCUGCGGGAGCAUGUCCUGGCCUGGAUCCAGGCCCAGGGAGGAUGGGAAGGGCUCCUCUCCCACUUCGGCACCCCGACCUGGCAGACCAUCACCAUCUUCGCAGCUGGCGUCCUCACGGCCUCGCUCACCAUCUGG